AUGGCCUCAGCUACUUCUGAUCUCAAAAACAUCAAGCUUCAUUAUUUUACCGUGGUCAAGGGUUCCACCACAAUGGGCCGUGGUGAGUUUGUCCGUUUGCUCUUGGAGGAUGCUGGUGUUGAUUUUGAAUACCUCAGACACACUGCUGAUGAAUGGAAGGAACUCAAGCAACAAUUGAUCGCUGACAAGGUGCGUGCUCCUACCAUGCCUUACAUUACCGUGGAUGGUGAAUACUAUGGCAAGACUGUGCCUAUCAUGCGUUUCCUCUCUCACAAGCUUGGUCAAUACGAAGGUAGCAAUGAAAAGGAGGUCCAAUUGUUGGAUGCUUACACUGAUAUGAUCAUGGAUUGGGCUUUCCGUUGGGCUUCUGGUCUCUUCGGCACUGAAGAUCAAUUAAAGGCCUACAAGGAGACGCAUGCUGUCAACAACUUUAAGGCCUUUGAAGAAAUCUUGUCUGACACUGAAGGACCUUACUUGCUUGGUGACAAGAUCUCUUAUGCUGAUUUCGCCCUCUACCAUAUGAUUGAAGAUGAUGGCUCUGCUAUUGAUGCUGCCUCUCAGCCCCACUUGUCUGCUUUCAUUCAUGCUAUUGAGAACAGACCUAAUCUCAAAAAGUACCUUGCUACUGAGAGAAAGUAA